AUGGAGUCAAUGGAUACUAAUGUUGAGAUACAUGAUCCAACAGAAUGCUUAAAACUUAGGCCAAAAAAGUCUAUACUUAAGAAUAAACAAAUAUCAAUUGAUGAGGAGUCAACACGUAAAAAAUCUAAUGCAGAUGAAAGGGCUCACUUUGAUGAGAUGAAUAUACUAGCCACACUUCAUCCUGAAGGUAAAGAUUAUGGUCAUAUGAAGAUUGAUGAACCAAAAACACCUUAUCAUGGAUUUUCUGAUUCUGAGGAAGAUGCUUCAUCGUCUAGUGGACAUGGCAAAAGACGUGUCAGUCUAGUUGGAGCGAUUGAUCCAGAAAAAUUAAGAGAGGGAAUUUAUGCUGCUCAAAUUAAUGGUUCCAGUGGUUCUUUAAGUGCAGGAGAUGUCGAGGAUUUUGAUGAUGAUGAAUAUUUGACUGAGGAGCAACGAGCACAUAAAAAGGAAUUUGAAGUAAAGAGGCGUCAACACUAUGAUGAGGGGGCAGCUCUUCGUAGAGCAAAAGAAAUUUUGGCAAAAGAUGAAGAUGAGGAAGAAGAUGAAUCGUAA